CGCAUUUGGCGAGGCGCGCUCGGAGUCGGGAGGAGCUUUAAGCCGGAGCCCCGGGCGGGGUGGCUUCGGAGUUUCCUCCCCGCGUGCCGUUCACGGAAUGGAAGCCGAGUUAACUUCUUUCUCUCCCUCCCUGCCGGCUCUCCGCGUUUUUUGGCUGGACCUUUGCAUUCGUCCUUUUUCUGAAGAUGUAAAGGAGCACCAGCCCUGAGAUUAUAUUGAUGUCAGGUGAAGAUGCAGAAGAGGAAGGAGUAUAUUAGGCUGGUGUUCUCUUGUAGUCUCUCCCACACCCCUUCGGUUCUAGCUGAACAGCUUUUGGAGCGAGAGAGCUUGUAAAGUCCCUGUGCACUGACUUCCAUUGAAGCUACGAUCUGAGAGAAAGAUGCAUCUACAACGAACACGCCUCCUAAAGGAGAGACUGUAAACUCGCUAACAAGAACUCUGCCCAAAGAGACAAAUCCUUAAGCGGAACGAGGAAUCGGAGACGGCACCACGAUGUACGUAAAUCCUCGGAGAGUUAGGAAAUGCCAAUUUGUGCAGCUGUUUGCCACUUGCUUCAUACUGAGUCUCAUGAUAUUUUGGGGACCACUUGACGACGGUACUUUUUUGGACUAUGUGAAGUCUUACUCGUAUAGAUACCUCGUCAACAGCUACGCUUUUGUGAACGAAAGCCUCUCUCUCAGCAGGGACAACAUGGACAGGGUAGCAAGCUAUCGAUACUUGAUCAAUCACCCGGAAAAAUGUCAACGGGAAGACAUCCUCCUCCUGCUGUUCGUGAAGAGCUCGCCUGGGAACCGCUACCGCAGAGACGCGAUUCGACAAACGUGGGGUAGCAAUAAGUACGCCCGUUCCCACCUUGACGCCAACAUAAGGACCCUGUUUGCUUUGGGACAGCUGAAAGACUCUGCACACAGGGAGCAAAUGCAAAACUGGCUUCAGGCGGAAGACGAGAAGUACGGCGAUCUGAUCCAGCAGGACUUCAUGGAUACCUUUCACAACCUCACCAUCAAACUGCUCUUGCAGUUCAGCUGGGUAAACAGGUACUGCUCUCAUGCCAAGUUCGUUAUGUCGGCGGAUGAUGACAUUUUCAUUCACAUGCCAAACCUCAUUGCAUAUCUCCAAACCCUUGCGCAGAUCGGCGUUCAGGAUCUCUGGAUUGGGCACGUCCAUCGGGGAGCGCCUCCCGUAAGAGAUAAGACCAGCAAAUACUACGUCUCGUACGAAAUGUACCCGUGGCCUGCUUAUCCUGACUACACAGCUGGGGCUGCUUAUGUAAUAUCCGGCGAUGUAGCAGCUAAAGUAUUUGUGGCCUCACAGACGCUGAAUACAAGCCUUUACAUCGACGAUGUCUUCAUGGGUCUCUGUGCCAACAAGAUGGGGGUUGUACCGCAGUAUCACCAGUUUUUUUCUGGGGAGGGGAAGGCUCCGUAUCAUCCUUGCAUUUAUGAGAAAAUGAUAACGUCUCAUGGCCACACAGAAGACCUCCGCUACCUUUGGAAGCAGGCUACAGACCCAAAAGUGAAGAACAUUUCUUCUGGGUUUUUUGGUAGAAUGUAUUGCAAGAUAGUUAACAUCGCGUUGCUAUGCAGAAUAUAUUAUCAGGGCACAUAUCCCUGCAUGGCAGCGGUGUUCUAAAUACUUGAAUGCCAACAUGGACUUACUGAGCCAAAAUUGGAAUGAGAAAUCUCUCUUAAUUGGUUUCUUUCAAGAUACAUACCAAAAAAAAGGGAAAGAAACGUAUGUAAAAUGUGAAUAUUUGCCUCUACACCGAAUUCUUUAACAGCUUCACCAAAGUGUCUUUACAGCUAUUUUGUUUCCAUAUAGGAUG